AUGGCGCGACGCUCCCUCCGCUUAUCGCUGGUGCGGAGAAAUCAAAACAAGAAGAAACGGCCCAGUCCAGUUUCCCCCCCCGUCUCCAUGUCGACCGAGUCUCCCAACAACAGCAUCAACACCAACACCAACACCAAUAUUAUCAGCCCCAGCCACAGAGGGAGAGACUCUGGCGUUGUGAGCGUGUCGUCAGAUGCCGGCGAGAUGGAUCACGGCUCUUCUCUGCUGUCUGUAGGGGCGCGCGACGUCCCGCUGCCGACCGACUCGGGGACCGAAGAAGAAACCGCAACAGAGACAAUAACACGAACAACAACGAGGGAUACAAUGGAGGAAGAGAACACCGAUGAAACCAGUCAUUCGAUGCUAUUGCUAGACGAUCAUACCAUGCUCUCGAACCAGGAUUCGAUGGUUCUUCCUUCCCUGACGGACCGAGACGAUAGCAGCAGCUUCCUGGCAGACCACGACAUCGACACGGUCGCCGACGCAGACGCAGACCCUGACGCUGAGCAUGAGCAUGGGCAUGAGCAUGAGCAUGACCACGAACCGGAAUAUAAUCAGACGUACAUCGAGGAGAAGGAGAUGCGUCGCAAGCUGAUGGAGAUGGAGUCUAGUUUCCUGCCGGAGCCGUCGACCAUCGAGAUCGCCUCGACGGGGCAGAGGCAGGGCAUGGACGAUACCUUCCUCGUCGGUGUGGAAGACUACACUAAUCCCGAGAGGAAAUAUGACGAUGACUACGAUGACGACGGUGUUUCUGGUAACAGGAAUAACCUACUGCCAUCAGUUGAUGGAGUUCAACUGUCGUUUGUCUCGCAGAAUACGCAGAACGAGGAGUUACCUGAGAUCAUCGAGGAAUCACACCUGGACCUAAAUACCCCAAGCCAUAAAGACAAUUCGACCCUGUUGGACGUGUCACCCCCUUCAUCACCCGCUGCUGCGGCCGCUGCUAGGAACGAUUUCAGGACAUAUUCCUUUUCCUCGUCGAAUCGGGGGGCCAGCGUGAUCCACAUCCCACAAGAACAACAAGAGCAGCAACGACAACAAGAAGAGGGGCAGCAAGAGCACCCAUCAACAGAUGCAGACAACAUUGCGGGUCUGGGUGCAGGUAUCUUCUCACGAACCGUCCUCAAACAGUCGAACCUGUUUGCUGAUAUCGUCCCGGAAGCAGAGGCAGAUACUGCAGCCGCACGCAGCAGCAGCAGCAGCAGUGUGCGGGGCAGCCGACCGAAGUAUUUAAGUAGCCGGCAGUCCUCGCAUCGCUUGUCGUACUCAUCGGUCGCAAGCACGAAUACAGAGACGACCAACAGUGAUGCUACCCUGGGUGCAGACUACGCACUGCAAUCCGGGGGUGCGGUACCCGGCAGCCACAACGGUUCCCAAACUGCGAAGCGCAAUAUCCUGGCCCGGUCGGUCAGUUUGGGGAGUAUGGCUUCAGGGAUAUCCGGGUACAGCGAGGAGAACAUUCUGGAGAAGCGAAACCCCAGUACCGGCGGAGGCGGCGGUAGCUUGGUUGAUGGCGGUCUGCAGACUCUUAAUGAGGAAGAGGUUUCAACGUCUCGUCCGGGGUCGUCCUCUCAUCAGGAGGAAGCCAGGACUGCAGAGGAGACGGCACCCAUGACGCCCAGGGCAAAACAGCCGCCGACCUUGCAGCUACAGCAGCACCAAGAGCAGCAGCAGCAACAGCAACAGCAACAGCAACAGACCCAGGCACCUCAAGAUUUCAGCGCCUUGACCGAUACGGCGAUCACAGAGCGCGUCAAAGAUAUUCAGGUUCCUGGCUCGUUUGCGCGGCAAUUCCGCGAAAAGUUCGACCAACGGACGGGGGCGCCACCAACGCCAGCCUUUGCACGAAGCGGCAAGACAAUGACCCUCAAGGAGCAGAGCAGCACGAUCGACCGGCUAUCCAAGGAGAAUUUUGAUCUGAAGAUGCGGAUCCACUUCCUCAACGAAGCGCUGAACAAGCGCUCCGAGGAAGGCAUCAAGGAGAUGAUCUCGGAAAACGUCGAGCUCAAGUCGGACAAGCUGCGUCUACAAAAGGAACACCAGAGCCUGAAGCGGAAGCUCCGCGAUCUUGAGAAGCAGCUGCGUGACCGCGAUCAGCAGUCAGACCGAGGUUCCAUGAUCAAUAAUGAUCCGGAUGCCCCUUCAGAGGACGACGAUCGCGCCGACCCCGCACAAGAGGAAGAGAUCCUUUUCCUGCGCGAACGCAUGGAGACCUACGAGAUCGAGAUCGACCGCCUGCGCUCCGAGAGCAUUGCAAGGGAGUCCGAGAAGCGACGUCUUGCCGAGAUGGUCAAGUCGCUCAGUGAUAACCGGACCAUCGGCUCGGAUGUGGGUGCCCGCGAGGAGAGAGAUAUGUGGAAAGAUAUGCUGGACGCAGAGACUGCCGCCCGCGAGCAAGCCGAAGAGGAGAACAAACGACUGCGUGAUGAAAUGCUGCGGCUCAAGACCGACCUGAUCCCAACCCUCGCCGCGGCGUCCGCGGCGGCGGCAACCUCGAGCAGCAAGCCUGGUUCGCGAGAUCGUAUGGGCUCGGUGGUGUCGUAUGCGACCAGCUCCGACCGCGAAAUCAACCGUAACACGACGAGUGGCAGCAGUACGUUGGUGGUGGAACUAGAGCUACUCAAGCAGGAGAAUGCCGAGUUGCGCAAAGAGGUCAGCGCGCAGACCUCCAUGCUUACCUCGCGCAACCGGGAGAAGGAGCGCCUCUACCAGGAGAUCGAAGAGCUCAAGCUUGGCCAGCGCCGCGAGGGAGGCCGGUCUGUCGCCGGCGACAGCAUCUUUGACCGCUCCGCCUCGCGGGCGCACGUCCGGUCUUCGUCGCGGACCAGCGAUGAGACGGCAAAUAAUCAUCUCAAUAAUGGUGGCGGGGGUGUCAAUAGCAGUGCGUCGCAGCUCAGCGAUGCCGAGCGUGACGACUGGGAGGCCAAGACGGGCCAGCUGCGCGACCAGGUAUCGGCGCUGAAGCUAGAGAACCAGACCCUGCGGGCGCAGCUGGAGGAUUGCACGCAGGAGCUAGACGCCCUCGACAAGGCGUACCAGGCCGACGUGGAUCAGGCUGAGGAGGAGAUCCAGAAUUUACAGACGGAGCGCGAUCAGGCGCUGCACAUGGCCGAGGAGCGGGACGCGGCCUUCCAGGAUCUGCGGGCGGAGGCACAGGAGGAGCUAGACGCGCUGGGCGAGGAGUUGGAAGGAAAGAUCGACGAGUGCCAGCGGCUGGACGAAGAGCUGCAGGCGCAGGACGCGAACUUGAAAGUGCUGCAGGCGGAGAUGCGGUCUGCCAGCGAGGGCAUCAUCCGGCUCGAGGAGGACGCGCAGAACAACCUGCACAAGUACAAGGCGGUGCAGCAGGAGCUGCAGGAGUCUAACCGGGAGAUUGAAUCGCUGGAGAAGGCGCUGAUCGAGAGCAACGCGAAGCUGCAGCGACUGACGGUGCAAAACGAGUCGAGUCAGAACGAGAUUGCGUUCCUGCGCGAGGAACAGGAUGGCGACAAGAUCAAGAUUGGCGACCUCGAGUCCGAGCUCAAGACGUACCAGCUUGGCCUGCAGAGCGAGCGCGACAAGACCCGCGAGCUUGAGGACCGACUGGCCGACGAGCGUCAUCAGCGCGAGGUUGUUGGCAGCAAGGAGAAGCAAGAAGUGCAGCGCAUCGUCAACGAGCUGAAUCGCGAGGCCGCCGCGGCCAAGGAGGAGGCCCGCCGGUUGAAGAAGAGCCUGUCGGCGCAGGAGAUCGAGACAACUACCUGGCGCGAGCGUCUGCUGGAUUGGGAGAACAACCUGCGUGAGACGCUGGGCGACCUGACAGGCAGUCGGUCCAGUCUAAUCACCAACAUCACCAAGCUGCAGAAGGAGCUCGAGUCGACCGCACUCGAGCUGGAGAGCGUGCGCGCCUCGCUGGACGAGAAGGAGUCGCUGCUUCGCAACCGCGACGCCCUGCUCGAGAGCCACGGGCUGGAGUCGCGGAAGCUGGGCGAAAUGCUCGAACGGGAGCGCGCCGCGAGGCGCGCCGACAAGCAGUCGUUCGAGCAGGCGCUCAAAUCGCACCAUCACGCCUCGCGCACCAUCACCCAGAGCAACUCGCGCAUCUCGGAGCUCGAGGCCGCGCGCUCGCAGGACCGCAAGCGGUUCGCCACCCUCGAGCAACAGACCAAGGAUCAGUUGAAUGAGCGCAACGCCAUGCUACUCACCAUCUGGAAGCGCCUGUCCGCCAUGUGUGGGCCCGACUGGGCACACUCCAACAGUCUAAUCAACGGCAACUUGCCCAGCCAGGAGGUCAUCGGGAACAUCCUUUUCUGGCCGGGCUUCAGUCGUAACCUGCUGCUCGCCGUCAAAACCGUCGAGACCGUCCUCGCCAACUUCAAGACGCGUAUCAAGGCCGUCGACCGCGAACUCACCAAGCAGUACCAGACUCUAGAGCACACCUUUACCCAGCGUGUGAAAAGGCUCGAGCGUCUUGAGGAGUCUGCGAAGAAUAUGCGUGCCGCCCAGCAGCAACAGCAACAGCACAACCACCACAGCCGCAACCACUCCAAUCCGUCACCCGAGAUGGCCAAGUUGCGGGGCGAGAACCGUCUGCUGCGCGCCGAGCUGAACCUGCUGCAGUCAUCGUCGCCUCACUCGCGCAGUCGCGGGUCCGGUCUGCGCCAACCAGGCUCCCCCGGUCAUCCACCUCCACAAGAAGGAAGCCAACCACCACCCUUCCUGGCCCGUCAUCAAACCACACCGCUCACCGUUGAGCAGACAGGCAGUUCCUCGCAGCUUGCACGAUCCGAGCGAGGCCUGGCACGCAGCGCGACUUCGACCGGCAUCCCGCAGCCGUCGCACUUGUCGUCGUCGUCGUCGUCGGCGGCGGCCACGAUGUUGACCAACAACGCGGCGGGGACAAGUGCGCUGACCGUGCAUACUGCCACCAGCGGGACGACCGCGGCAGCUGCCGGCGCCCCUUCUGAUGGUCCCCCUCUUGCCCCUCGUAUGGACCGGUCGCCGAUCCACGACGAAGCGACGCAGAAGUGGAUCCACCGGCUGCACGAGCUGGAGAAGCGGCUCAAGGCCGAGCGCGAGGGCCGCCUGUUAGAUCGCACCGGGGCGCGCAAGCGGCUGGAGGAGCGCGAUGCGGAGAACCAGCGCCUCCGCGCCCAGCUAGUGCGCGAGCGGGAGAAACGCGGCGUACCGGCGCCUAGUGGCACGAUGACCGACACCUCGACCGAUGACGAUGGACACAUCAUCGGGCGACGGGUGCUACAUCAUCAUCAUCAUCACCAUCAUCGGACGGAACGGUUCCCUUCGUCGAGUGGCACGGCGAGCGGCACGGGCGACGAGCGCGACCAUGUGGCUGAUGAGCAGAGUUCGAGUGAGGGGGAGGGGAUUGUCGUUGAUAUUGAAGUUUAG